AUGCAACGUGGAGAUGGUCUGGAUAGUGUGUUGUUAUGUUUGACCGCGCAUUCGCCGGCCGAUUUUGCGGGUGUUCCUGGAGUCUUGGCGAUCUUGGCAGAUUUAAAGCUCGGAACCCGUCCAGCCGAAUUGUCAAAUUCUACCUUCGUCCCGGACGGGGCGACCUACUGGGCCCAUUACGACCACAUCAGCGAGAUCAAUGGCUCCUUCAACAUCUUCGAGAAGAUGUGGGCUGCCUGGUAUGCUUGGAUCGCAAAUGAUGUCCUCGCUACCGGUAUCAUGUCCUUCGUCAUGCAUGAGCUCGUCUACUUUGGUCGCAGCUUGCCGUGGAUGAUUUGUGAUGCUAUCCCUUACUUCCAGAAAUGGAAGAUUCAGGAUCAAAAAAUUCCAAACGCCGCCCAACAAUGGCGCUGUAUCAAAUCGGUUCUCUUCACCCACUGCGUCAUCGAACUGCCCCAAAUCUGGCUUUUCCACCCCCUCGCCAAAGCCGCCGGAAUGUCCACCGACGUCCCAUUCCCAGCCUGGACCACCAUGGCCUUCCAAAUCGCCAUCUUCUUCGUCCUCGAAGACGCAUGGCAUUACUGGCUCCACCGUCUCUUCCACUGGGGCCCACUCUACAAAAGCAUCCACAAAAUCCACCACGAACACUCCGCCCCCUUCGGUCUCGCCGCCGAAUACGCCCAUCCCCUAGAAGUCCUCACCUUGGGUAUCGGCACCGUCUUCAUCCCCAUCGGCUACUGCUGGUUCGUACCGGACUUCCACGUCAUGACUAUGUACAUCUGGAUCUGCCUGCGAUUGUUCCAAGCUAUCGAUGCCCAUUCUGGUUACGAUUUCCCGUGGUCUUUACACCAUUUCAUCCCCUUCUGGGCCGGUGCUUCGCAUCAUGAUGUUCAUCAUGAGAAGUUUAUUGGAAAUUAUGCUAGCAGCUUUAGAUGGUGGGAUUAUAUGCUUGAUACUGAGGCUGGUCCUGAAGCUCAACAGAGGAGAAGGGAUAAGAAGCGUGCGGAGAGGGAUGCUAAGGCUCUUGCUGAACAGCAGAGAUUGAGCAUGGAGAGUAUGGGUAAGGAUGCGGCGGUUAUGGGAUCCCAAAUCGCCGUGGAGAAGAAGACUUCUUAA